CGCCGCCCCUGCAGCCGGGCUCGCUCCGCUCAGCUCCAGCUCCGGCGCUGGGCGCUGGGCUGGGCCCCGGCCGAGCGGCGGCAGCUCCGGACAUGUCGGGCCCCCGCGCCGGCUUCUACCGGCAGGAGCUGAACAAGACGGUGUGGGAGGUGCCGCAGCGGCUGCAGGGCCUGCGUCCGGUGGGCUCCGGCGCCUACGGCUCGGUCUGUUCGGCCUACGACACGCGGCUGCGUCAGAAGGUGGCAGUGAAGAAGCUGUCCCGCCCCUUCCAGUCGCUGAUCCACGCACGGAGGACGUACCGGGAGCUGCGUCUGCUGAAGCACUUGAAGCACGAGAACGUUAUCGGGCUUCUGGAUGUUUUCACCCCGGCCACUUCCAUCGAGGACUUCAGCGAAGUGUACUUGGUGACCACCCUGAUGGGCGCCGACCUGAACAACAUCGUCAAAUGUCAGGCGCUGAGCGACGAACACGUUCAGUUCCUGGUUUACCAGCUGCUGCGCGGGCUGAAGUACAUCCACUCGGCUGGGAUCAUCCACCGGGACCUAAAGCCCAGCAACGUGGCUGUGAAUGAGGAUUGCGAGCUCAGGAUCCUGGACUUUGGACUUGCGCGCCAGGCAGAUGAGGAGAUGACUGGAUAUGUGGCUACGCGCUGGUACCGGGCCCCUGAGAUCAUGCUGAACUGGAUGCAUUACAAUCAGACAGUGGACAUCUGGUCUGUGGGCUGCAUCAUGGCUGAGCUGCUGCAGGGAAAGGCCCUCUUCCCAGGAAGUGACUACAUUGACCAGCUGAAGCGCAUCAUGGAAGUGGUGGGCACACCCAGCCCCGAGGUUCUGGCAAAGAUAUCCUCGGAACAUGCCCGGACAUACAUCCAGUCCCUGCCCCCCAUGCCCCAGAAGGACCUCAGCAGCAUCUUCCACGGAGCCAACCCUCUGGCCAUAGACCUCCUUGGAAGGAUGCUGGUGCUGGACAGUGACCAGAGGGUCAGUGCAUCUGAAGCGCUGGCCCAUGCCUACUUCAGCCAGUACCAUGACCCUGAGGAUGAGCCAGAAGCAGAGCCUUAUGAUGAGAGCAUUGAGACCAAGGACCGCACGGUGGAGGAGUGGAAGGAGCUUACCUACCAGGAAGUCCUCAGCUUCAAGCCCCCAGAGCCACCAAAACCUCCCAGCAGCCUGGAGAUUGAGCAGUGAGGCAAGAUGCUGCUCCACAGCCACCAUUGAACCUAUGGAGGGGCCGAAGCCUGCACGUUCCUUUAGUGGGUUAGGUUUCUUGGAGAGCUAUCCCCUACACUCCUAUGGCCAGGCAUCCCUGAGCUCUGGCUUGGGACUUCUUGCCUUGAGGAAAGGCUAUGAAACCUGGCUGCACAAAUAUUUGUGCAUAUGUGCAUGCCAUGUACAGGAGUCUGGGCACAAGUGUCCCUGGGCUUAUCUUGGUCCUCCUGCCCCCUCCUGGCUGCUGGACUCUCCCUUGGGACCUCACUGUGAGGGGACCUGAAUGCCAUAGGGGUCCUGCUGUAGAGU